CGGCCGCGGCGAGACGUCGGCGCGCGGGCCGCGUCGCGAGCCCUUACUCCUUAUCACUGUUAUCAGCCCUUAUCAGCGCAUCGCGAAACCGAUCGCGCAAACACUCGAUACACCGUGCAAAUACUCGUAUACUCGUAACUCGCCAACGGACGCCGUUGAUCAUGUUCCCGAAUUAUGUGUUGUGUUUUGUGUCGUUUGUUCUUGUGUUUGAAUACGCGAACGGUCAAGCCGAACAACAGCUGCUCAAAAAGCUAGCGUGCAUCGAGCACGAGGAAUGCGGCGCGUGCCUCUCCGCCGCGCCGCACUGCCGCUGGUGCGCGGACCCCUACUACAGCUCCGCGGUGCCGAGGUGCAAUGAUGAUGAGAGCUUAGUGCAAAGUGGCUGCAGCCAAGGUCUGAUCCAAAGGCCUGCACCGCCGGUGUGGGAGGUGGUGUCAAACAGCUCGCUACAAGACGUGCUCCCGGACUCUCUUGAGAAUGUGGUGCAGAUUCAGCCCCAGAAGAUGAGGAUCUCUUUAAAACCACGUGAGACGACAAAGUUGUCGUUUUCGUUUCGUCCAGCAAAGAACUACCCCCUGGACUUGUACUACCUGAUGGACCUGACGUGGUCCAUGAAGGACGACAAAGAGACUCUGUUGACCCUAGGCGAUGCCCUCUCUGUUACGCUGAAAAAUCUGACUGAUAACUUUAGGUUAGGCUUCGGCAGCUUCGCGGACAAGCCCCUGAUGCCAUUCAUCAGCAUGGAUGCCAAGAGGCGCGCCAACCCGUGCGCCAUGGAAGAGCACCAGUGCGAGGCCACCUACAACUACAGGCACCAUCUGUCGCUCACAGACCAGGUCCAAGAAUUCAUCAAGAAAGUGAACACCAGUGCAGUGACGGCCAACCUGGACAACGCUGAAGGUCAGCUAGAUGCGUUGGUGCAGGCCAUCGCUUGCGGAGACAGGAUUGGCUGGUCCACACGCAGUAGGAAGAUCGUGAUACUGCUGACCGAUGGCUCGAUACACACAGCUGGCGAUGGGAAACUUGCUGGUGCAGCGAGGAAAAACGAUGGAGAAUGUCAUUUAGAUGACGAUGGUUACUACGCAGACUCUGUUAUAUACGACUAUCCUUCUAUAGAACAAGUCUACAGACUUUUAGAUAAGCACAAGGUCAACGUUAUUUUUGCGGUAACCGACAGCGUUAAGUCAUACUACGAUAAUCUACAUCAACUUUUGGAGGACUUCACUUACGUCGCCAAAUUGGAAAGCGACAGUUCGAAUAUACUGAAGCUGGUGAAAAUGGGUUACGAAGAUAUCGUCAGUGUGGUAGACUUUGAAGAUGACUCUAGUUCAGGACCUGUGAAGGUACAUUACUUCACGGAUUGUGGAGUGAUUGGCGGCUCAAUGAUGGAAACCACUCGGUGUACUGGAGUCGAGUAUGGAAUGACGUUAAAUUAUGAAGCUCACUUAAGCUUGGAUUCCUGUCCGGAAUAUAAGAAGAUGACCCAAACAAUCCGCAUAGCAGAAAGCCAGCUAGGCCAGGACGCCCUCACGAUAGAGGUGGAACUGCAGUGCGGCUGUGACUGCGAGGGUGACCUCGUCAAAGACAUGGGCCUGAACUGUCCCAUCAACUCGCAUCUGGUUUGCGGGGUGUGCCAGUGCAAUAAGGGAUGGUCAGGUCCACAAUGUGACUGUUCCAUCGAAGACGAAGAGGCAUCGGCAGCGUUAGUGGCGCAGUGCCGCGAGCCGAACGCAACUCGCUCGCUCGUGUGCUCAGGCGCAGGAGAAUGCUUGUGCGGCAAGUGCGACUGCGAUCCUGGGUUCAACGGCCGCUUCUGUCACUGUAAGGCGUGCGAGAGGAGCAAAGAGAAUGGCGUCGAGUGCGGAGGCGUAGGGCGCGGCACGUGCAUCUGCGGGCAAUGCGCUUGCGCCGAGGGCUGGGGCGGCGCCGCGUGCGACUGCCCCGACCGCACUGACUCCUGUGUCUCGCCUGCUAGCGACCUCAUCUGCUCGGGGCACGGGGAGUGCGUCUGUGGCAAAUGUCAGUGCUCAGCUCGCAAGGACGAAGACGGCAUCAAAUACACAGGAGCGUUCUGCGAGACUUGCGCCACGUGCGAGAACCCUCUCUGCGUGACCGCCGAGCCGUGUGUGGCCUGCCACCUCAAUAGUAGCUGCUUGGACGUCUGCUCCAUCGGCUCUGUCAACUACACAGUUACUGAGAGGCUCAAUGAGCAAGAGUUACUAACAUCCGGCGAGAUCUCAUGCAUCCUCCGCCGGGACAAAGACAGUCAAGAGUGCGAGUACAAGUACACCUACACCGCCGCGACCAGUUCCAUGGUUGCCAUGGAGAUCGUCAUCAGAUCCGUGGAGUGCUACCAGCCCACCAGUGCCCGGCUCAUGACGAGUGCUUUAGUCAUCAUGGCCUGCGUCGUAGCUGCAGGAUUAGUCGUCAUUUUAGUAAUAAAAAGUGGACAGAUUGUAUCGGAUAGGAGAGCGUACGCGAAAUUUGUGAAAGAAGCCCAGGAGAGCAGGAAGAAUAUGCAAGAACUGAACCCGUUGUACAUUUCGCCGAUCUCAGAGUUCAAGAUGCCCGAAGCAUAUAAUAGGGAGAAGAAUGAUUGAGUUCAACUUAUUUUGACUAUAUGUAGUUACACUGUUGAACUGUUUUGUUCAAUUGUUUGAAAGUUUCAUGAUGCCCUUUUAAUAAUAGCAACUAAGAAAGAUUCGUAAUUGACGAGACUUGCUUGUAUGAUGUUCAAUUGUGCCAUUAAUUUAGAAACGAGCUGUCCAUAGCAACACGUUAUUAAAGUGCCCACUCAUGCGCUGAUCUAUGCAGCUUGAUAAUUCUGCAUAAUUAAAUCUUACACAUUUACAACUCUCUUCUAAUAUUGUUGUUAAAUAAACAUUCUGAUUGUCCCUGCA